AUGAACAACUCUGUAGCAUUCCCGACUGUACCUGUAUCCAGUACUUCUAGGCCCACCGAAAGCACUUCUCUCAUCUCCUAUGCCGCGCAUCGCGCCACUGCUGUUGAGGUCUGUGAUCUCGUGUAUGGCCCGGCCGUCCCGUCCUGGAGCGCGGUGGAGAGGUUCUACGAGCCCGACGCGACCUACGAGAACCCGGUCGUGACCGCGACAUCUCGCUCCGUCAUCGCAGACAUCCACGCGCUUUCGAGCCGCCUCGCACAGCUGGACAUCCCGAAGCCGGUCGCGCUGCUCCACAGCUUGUUCGGGAUCUCGCGGGGUGCUGGCCUGCAGGAUUCGUGGUUCAAGGCGAUGAGCAUGUGGAAUGAGGUCACCGACGUGUCGGAGAGCGAAAGCUACGAUGGCCAUCAAACCACGAUCUUGGAGCAUACCCUUCAUAUCGACAUCCUUCCUGGUCUCCUUGCUCGCCGACGCUCGAGCGCAGGGCCGUGCCACCCAUUGCCGUCCACUACCACGGACCUUUCGCUGUCUAUACCUCAUCCCCCGCUGCAUCGCCAGCCGUCCUACAUAUCGAGGGGACAGUCCACGCAAGCUCCUCCGUCGUCAAUAUUCCACCUUUCGCUGCCGAUCAUCACGCGUCUCUCGUUCAAUGAUGCAGGCAAGAUUACCCGUCACCGCGACUUCUGGGACAUCAAGGAUCUGCUGAAUCUGCUCCCCGGCAUGUCGCUCGCGCAAUGGAUCACCACGCGGAUGGUCGCCCAGGGCAUCCGGGGGCUCGUCUCCGCCGGCCGGACCUAUGGUAUCGUGCGCGGCUCAUCGUAUAGUCCGAAGCUGAGACACAUGCGAAACCUCGCACAGUUCAAUUGAUGCAAGACAUCGUACCUACCCAUGAUCUGGUGCAGCGCAAAGAGGGGUCGGCGGAGACAGCGGACAUUGCACUGGCCUCCCAGCACAGCAGCCCCCUAAGCUCUCAGCCGCUAGGUCAUGAUCGGGCAGGAAACGUGCAUGCGCUACUCGACAUGUCAAGAUUAGCAUCCGUGCAGUGACGCGGUCCAGUCUACCGGGCUGAGGCUCAAG